GUUAAUGUUUCUCAUUCGGCACAACUCUACCCAUUUCUUCUGUGAUACAAUUUGUAUGAUCUCCAAAUCCAAAAGCGGUGAUUUGGUGUCUUACGGGCGGUGUUGGGUGGGGGAGUUUGUGUAAACGACACGUUUAUGUUCCGUUAGUUUCGGCUUAAUCUAUUAUUCGGGCUGUGAAACCAGAAAAGCGUGAACGUCCCCCAAAAAAACAGAGAAAACAAAUUUCUUCUAUAUAUAAAUAUAAUUUAGAAAGCCCUGAAAAUGUUGUACCACUACAACUCAUUACACUAGACUCAAGUCAUCUCAUCUCAACCCAAUCAGGUAUUCCGAAACAAAUAACAUAACCCAUCAAUCAUAUAUAAAUGGGAAGCAUAGGUGGCAACAAGGGGAGGCUGUUUGCUGCCCACCAUGCCCCUCUCUGCACCCGAACUCACCAGAUUGGAUCCCUCCUCAUAGUAUUGAGCACCUUCAUCCUCACUCGCCUCUUGGACCGCUCUCUCUCCACCACAUUCGAUCAUGUCUCCAUAUCAUCUGGUAGCAGCCGUGCCAUUAGCUUCACUGACACUAGUGGGUCCGUUGUCUCUCUCUCAUGGCCCGAGCGAGGGUACGGGUCUCACCUCUCCCUCAAAAUCUAUGUCUAUGAUGAGAACGAAAUUGACGGUCUCAAGCCCCUCAUGUAUGGAAGAGAUGGUAGGAUCACCGCCGAGGGUUGCUUGAAAGGCCAGUGGGGCACUCAGGUUAAAAUACACAAGCUGCUAUUGAAGUCAAGGUACCGGACGACAAAGAAAGAGGAAGCGGAUCUGUUCUUUGUGCCAGCCUAUGUUAAAUGUGUUAGGAUGAUGGGUGGUCUUAGUGAUAAAGAGAUUAAUUACACCUAUGUUAAGGUCUUGAGUCAAAUGCCAUACUUCAGGCGGUCUGGAGGCCGUGACCACAUAUUUGUUUUCCCGAGUGGUGCUGGAGCUCACUUAUUUAGAUCUUGGGCAACAUACAUAAAUCGUUCCAUAAUUCUAACUCCAGAGGGGGAUCGGACUGAUAAGAAGGACACAAGUUCUUUUAAUACAUGGAAAGAUAUCAUAAUUCCCGGGAAUGUUGAUGAUAGAAUGACUAAAACUGAGGAUACCCUUGUCCGGCCUCUGCCUUUAUCAAAGCGAAGGUACUUGGCAACCUAUUUAGGUCGUGCACAAGGAAAGGUUGGUCGUCUUCAGUUGAUAGAACUUGCCAAGCAAUUUCCAGACAAGCUGGAAUCUCCAGAGUUGAAGUUCAGUGGCCCUGACAAACUGGGAAGGAUAGAGUAUUUUGAACACCUUCGAAAUGCCAAGUUCUGCCUUGCCCCGCGUGGGGAGUCAUCUUGGUCUCUCCGAUAUUAUGAGUCGUACUUUGUGGAGUGUGUACCAGUGAUAAUAUCAGAUCAGGUAGAGUUGCCUUUCCAGAAUGUCGUUGAUUACACACAGAUAUCAAUAAAAUGGCCAUCCACUCAGAUUGGUCCCCAAAUGUUGGAGUACCUAGAAUCUAUACCAGACAAAGAUAUAGAGAGGAUGAUUAACCGUGGUAGACAACUAAGGUGUCUAUGGGUUUAUGCUCCCGAAUCGGAGCCAUGUUCAGCACUGCAUGGGAUUCUGUGGGAACUUCAAAGGAAAGUUAGGCAUUUUCACCAGUCAGCUGAGACAUUCUGGCUACACAACGGAUCUAUUGUAAAUAGAAACCUUGUGGAAUUCUCCCACUGGAAUCCUCCAAUCCUUUUGCCUUGAUCAUGGUUGGAGAUGAUCCCUUUGCUUGCCUGUAUCAUUUCUUUACAAAGCUAGACUUAAUAUUUUAUUCAUGGCUAUUAGUUUAAUGCCUUUUACGUCGAGUAUAGAUUUUCCCAGGUUGAGCAUCCCUCUCUUUUUUCCUUCUUUUUCCUCUUUAAUCUCUUUUAAAUGUUAUGUAUAGACUAUAGACAUGAGUAGGUAGAUUAUAUGGAAGAAAUCGUUGAUGAUUAAAUCCCCAA